AUGAAUCCAUUUUAAUAGUUUAUGAAUUCAGGAUAACAAGAAUAUUUUUCAUAAAUGCAAUAAAUGCAACAACUAUAAUAGUUUCAAUACUUUCAAGUAAAAUAUCAUAAAUAACAUAGUAUUUGCAACUGUUUAGCGCUCUUCAAAGUAAUAGUACAAAUCAAUAAAAUGUUCAGAUUCCUUCACUGAAUCCUCUUCAACAAUUUUCUCUUCUUUCUUAAUCAUCUCAAAGAACAAUCCCUUCAGCUUAAUAGACAGAUAUUCGUACUAAAAAAAGUUAAUCUGAAAGGGUGUUACCCAAGUAAAAGAAAGAAAAUGAAAUUCUUAAAUAAUUUUCGUAAGAUCAAAUAUUAUAAGAACUAAAAUAAUUUUUAGAGUAUUUGAGUAAAAAUGAAGUUAAGGAAAUGGAAGAAAAUGAAAAAAAUCGAUAUACAGUAUGAAAUUAAUAUAAUUUUAGAUAUUAACAAAAAUAGAUGAUUCCUUAAUAGACGCACUUAUUAAUCGAUAUCAAAAAUAAAAGAAAACAAAAGAAGAAUAGAUUAAGUUUAUCAUACGAAAGUGUUUUAAAUAUCUCAAAUAAAAAAUGAAUUUAAAUGAAUUAACAAUGAGUGCAUAUGAAAUUGAAAAGGUCUUUUAUAAAGAAUAUUUUAUGGCUAAUGACAAUAUAGAGGAAUUAAUACCUUUUAGAUCAGAAUCAUAAAACAAAACUAUGAACAAUUCCUUCUUAAAAAAAAUUUUCUCUUCUGAUAAGUUUUAUUAAGGAUACCUUGAAUAUUUAGGUAUAAAACUAUAUUUUAUAUAUAGAAAACUUUGAUGAAAUAUGGGAUUAAGAAAAUAAUGAAAAAAUUUAAAAUAUGACAAAAUAAGUAAUGAAAUUUAUUGCAUCUGGAUAAAUUGAUGUAUAAUCUUAUAUAAUAAUAAGAAAAUAUCCUCCUACAAAAGAGUACCAUGGAUUUCGUCUAUGAAAUAAAGAUGUUAUGAAUUAGCUGUUUCGUUUAAAGCCUAUCGUGAAUCAGAAGAAACUAAUAAAAAAGUUAAAUUAGAAUGAUAAUAUUUUAUUUAAUUUACAUUCAAUCAUAAAACCAC